AACUCUGUACCUACCCAUUCAAAUGUCCACGUAUUUUUAUUUUUGGAAAUUGCUUUGCAAUAACCUACAUGAUAUUGGACUUCAAUAUAAAUUAUAAAAAGUCUCAAAUAGAAAAAAUAUUAUCAACUUUUAUGAUGUUGUUGCUAAAGUUCAAUUUGACAUAAAUGUAUGAUUUCAGAUUCCAUAUAAGUUUAUGCAAUUAGAAUAUAUAUUUCCCUGAAGUAAGUCUGAAGUUCUAUAAUUGAAGCAUUCAUCACAAACUAUAAAAAAAUGUCAAAUGCAGCAUUAAGGAUAUAGAAGAUGAAAAUGUUAAAUAUGAAAGAAACACUUAAGCAAAAAUAUUGAAUAAAUCUGGGUGCUAAUUUUUAAAAAAUUCAUCCAUAACUGUUUCAUAACACACAUUUUCCAUGAAUUUUCUGAAGCCUCCUCAUUGCAUGGAAUUCAUCCUCUCCAUUCCCAAUUUAUUUUCAGUGAAUGGAGUGCAUUAAGAUUGACUCUAUUUUUAGUUCCUACACAUUAGAGAGAACAGUGGAUGCUUGCUCUCUGAUUUAGAUUUAUGUUUCUUGUUUAACUGAAUAGACAACAAGCUUCAUCAAUGUACCAGUAAUAAGUUUAACUCAUCAAGAAAUUAUAUUUUCAAUUUUAGGCAAGUCACUGAAUUCUGUUGUGUAUUUUGUUCCUAUACUGCAUCUCACUUUGUGUGUACCCCUAAUCAAAAUCUGCCUAAUGGCAUCAGAGAAGUGGCUAAGCAAUGAAAAAUGUGUUUUACUUAAAAUAUUAGGCACCACAUUUACAGUAAUUUGAGUUUAGAAAACUUUUGAGUGGAAAAAUAGAGUUCGCAUAUAUGCCCUUUCUUACCCCCCUUAUUAGAUUUAUUCUAUUGGCAAUACCUCACACAGGUAUACAAGCACAAAUGAUUAGUCAGUGUUGAUCCUCAUUAUUGCCUAUAGGACAUGAUAUCCAUUUUGUUCACUCUCGUCUUGUACAGUCUGUGGUUUGGCAAAGGUUUAAUGGUACCUAGCUGCCCUGAUGGUGUCCUACAUAAGCAUCCUGAAAGUCACUUGCAUUCAAGAAGUAUAGGUGUCUGCAUGCAUGAUUCUGCCCUUGGUGUUUGUGGUGGUGGGAAUAAAGAGGUGACUUCCAGCUGGUAUUGUCUGCUUAGAGUAAAAAAGGUAUAAGUAGUCAAAUAGUCCCAGGUUCUCAUGUGAGCACCAACCAAGGUUGUAGGUGCAAAAGCAGAUCAUCAUGGGAUUACCAGGGUUAACAGCAAUGUGGAAGUUUUUUAUGUUUUACAACUAAAGAUGAAGUGAUUAGAAAUGCAGAAUGGACAUAUCUGAAUUCAGGCUGAUUACUGGUUUCACAGUGAUUGAAAACCACAUGUCCUAGUGGGUAUCUCUGUAAACAGGAUUGGUUUGGGGUCUAUGUGCUAUCAAAGUGAUGUGUGGCUGCCCAGAACACUGGUUGAGGGAGGCUGCCCUGUUGCACUUUGAGUCAUUGUAAUGUGUGACACUGGAGAUUUCUGGUCUGAAAGCUUACUGAAAGCCUCACGUGAUGCCUCCCUUCAUGCCCUCUGAUGCAAUCCUGGUACAUAAUUGUCAAAAGUUCAUGGAGUGGUUUAUUGACAAAGCCCUUGGACCAAAUGUAACUAGCAGGAGUCUCUCCCUUGAGUCUUUGUAUCCAUGGACUUGGAGGAACUCCUGGCACCUGGGUGAAGAGGAUGAUUCACAAUCAUGUUUUUCUACUUGUGUUUUUCACCAGGACAGAAGACCUGAACUACAGAGCCUCGGGGCAGAAAAGUAUCAGAUUCCCCCAUGGAUGAGUGGACAGCUGGUGGAAAAAGCUGUAUCUCCUUGUGACAUGUCAGGAUGGUCGCGACUGCUAUUCCCAGAUGGAACAGAGUUUUUACAAGGAUGGAGAUAUUGAGAUCGCUGCUUUUUUGCACAUUUACACAUAUGAUGUUCCCAGAAUUGAGAGAAGUUUCAGCAAAUAUCGCAGAUUCAGAUGGUUUCAGUCCAAAAACUACCAGUAUGCUCUGGCCUUGGUUUUCGCUAUUGAGGAGAUCAACAAAAACCCCUAUCUUUUACCCAACAUGACCUUGGGAUUUGGUCUCUAUAAUGUCAUGCACAGUCAUAUGACUGUGAUGGAGAACCCCUUCAUCUGGCUUGCGGGAAUGGAAAAGCACGUUCCUAAUUACACAUGUAGGAAACAGAGCAAGUCUGUUGCUGUAAUAUCAGAAAGCAGCAUUGCUGUCCAAAUGGGGACACUGCUGGAACUCUACAAAAUUCCACAGGUGAUUGUGUAGUGAAAAAGUGGGAUAAAGUACAUCACCUUAGGUGCCUUACUUAGAACCAAAAAUUAAAGUGACAGAGAACUUAUACAUUUGACACAGUAUGUGAUCUGAAGAGAAUGCGUGGAGAGAUUUUGUGGAUUAGCUACAUUUCUUCUGAAGCAGCGGUGUGGGUGAGUGAAAAGGAGAAAUGUUUUUCUCAACCUGUGAGUCUAAUGAUUCAUGAACUAGGAAGAUCUCAUGUAGUGGGAGAUGAGAAAAAUGAAAGAUUCUAAAAUCUGACACUUCCAUUAUAUGCUUAAUUUUUUCAGGAAUAAUAUUUUACACUAUGACAAUAACCUUACACAGAUUUCUUGCCUUUUCCCUUAGCUGA